AGUCAUCCCUCCGCAUACUGUUCUGGGCGGCCAGGCCUGCGCGGAGUCUGGGCCCGGAGCUUCCUCCGCGGGACCCCCAGGCCCUAGGGCCGGGCUGCUGAUCCGCCAGGCACGGUAGGCGCCAUGCCGAGGGACCACGAGGCUUCGGGGGGUCACGAGAAUUUUUUUUUCUUCUGGUUUUGCUUUGUUUUUGAGACAGAGUUUCACUCUUGUCGCCCAGGCUGGAGUGCAAUGGCGUGAUCUCGGCUCACUGCAACCUCCACCUCCCGGGUUCAAGUGAUUCUCCUGCCUCAGCCUCUCGAAUAGCUGGAAUUACAGGCUCCUGCCACCACGCCCGACUAAUUUUUUAAUAUUUUUAGUAGAGAUGUGGUUUCACUAUGUUGGCCAGGCUGGUCGAACUCCUGACCUCGUGAUCCGCCUGCCUCGGCCUCCCAAAGUGCUGGGAUUACAGGCGUGAGCCACCGCACCCGGCCACGAGAAUGUUUUCAUUUUGUUUAAAGUGAACCCAUGAAGUCAAAGAAAGUGUUUUGAUUUUUUCCUCACAUCAGGAGGGGAAAAUGAGAUUUUUAGGGCCUACAAAAUCCAUUAACUUCUUUUAAUCUUUUUUUAAUGGAGGAAGGGGCCCACGAAGACGAAAGUGCUUAGGGCCCACGAAAUCUUUAAUGGGGCCCUGCCAGAGGGAGAACCAUUGAAGAAAGUGAAUGAGGGCUUGUAAAGGGGCCCUAACCUAGAAAGCUCAUCACGGAACAGAACAUCCGCAGAGGCAGACACAGCGAGAAGCCGAUCUGUGAGAGGUGUAAAGAAUAUCCAGCUGGUGGCUACAGUUCCCCCUCUGGUUUUGCUGCCAUGCAUCCUGGGCGAACGACUGGUAAAGGGCCCUCCACUCACACUCAGAUUGACCAGCAACCUCCACGGCUUCUCAUUGUGCACAUUGCUCUACCGUCCUGGGCUGACAUCUGCACCAACCUCUGUGAGGCUCUGCAGAACUUCUUCUCUCUAGCCUGCAGCUUGAUGGGCCCCAGCCGCAUGUCCCUGUUCAGUUUAUACGUGCUACAAGAUCAGCAUGAGUGCAUCCUCCCUUUUGUGCAAGUGAAAGGGAACUUUGCUAGGUUGCAGACCUGCAUCUCAGAGCUCCGCAUGUUACAGAGAGAAGGCUGUUUCAGAUCACAAGGUGCUUCUCUGCGGCUGGCAGUAGAGGAUGGGCUCCAGCAAUUCAAACAAUACAGCAGACAUGUGACCACAAGGGCAGCUCUGACCUAUACGUCCCUGGAGAUUACUAUUCUGACUUCUCAGCCUGGAAAAGAGGUGGUCAAACAGUUGGAGGAAGGGUUGAAAGAUACAGACCUAGCCAGAGUCAGGAGGCUUCAGGUCGUUGAGGUCACAAAGGGAAUCCUAGAGCACGUGGACUCAGCGUCUCCUGUUGAGGAUCCCAGCAAUGAUGAGAGUUCUAUUCUGGGAACUGACAUUGAUCUUCAGACUAUAGACAAUGAUAUCGUCAGCAUGGAGAUUUUCUUCAAAGCCUGGCUACAUAACAGUGGAACAGACCAAGAACAAAUCCAUCUUCUUCUUUCUUCACAGUGUUUCAGCAACAUUUCCAGACCCAGAGAUAAUCCAAUGUGUCUGAAAUGUGAUCUCCAAGAGCGACUGCUCAGCCCAUCCCUACUCCCUGGCACAGCUGACGGCUCCUUGAGAAUGGAUGACCCCAAAGGAGACUUCAUCACACUCUACCAGAUGGCUUCCCAGUCAUCGGCCUCUCAUUACAAGCUCCAAGUGAUCAAGGCUUUAAAAUCUGGCGGGCUCUGCGAGUCAUUGACAUAUGGGCUCCCGUUCAUCCUCAGACCUACAAGCUGUUGGCAGCUGGACUGGGAUGAGCUGGAGACAAAUCAGCAACAUUUCCAUGCUUUGUGUCACAGCCUGCUGAAAAGGGAAUGGCUGCUGUUAGCCAAGGGGGAACCACUGGGCCCAGGACACAGUCAGAGAAUUCCUGCCAGCACCUUCUAUGUGAUCAUGCCAUCACACUCCCUCACACUGCUGGUAAAGGCGGUGGCCACGCGGGAACUGAUGCUACCCAGCACCUUCCCCCUGCUACCUGAGGACCCACAUGAUGACAGCCUUAAGAAUGUGGAGAGCAUGCUGGACAGCCUGGAGCUGGAGCCCACCUACAACCCCUUGCAUGUUCAAAGCCACCUGUAUUCACACCUGAGCAGCAUCUAUGCCAGGCCUCAGGGGCGGCUCCACCCACACUGGGAGAGCCGAGCCCCGAGAAAGGUACCGCUCCCCUCUGGGCAGUUGCAGACCAACCGAGCUCGAGCCACUGUGGCCCCCCUGUCUAUGACUCCUGUCCCAGGCAGAGCCUCCAAGAUGCCAGCAGCCAGCAAAUCUUCCUCAGAUGCCUUCUUUCUGCCUUCAGAGUGGGAGGAGGAUCCCUCAGGGCUCUAAGUCACCAGCACCAGAGCCCAGCUGCCCAGCUUAACCAUAUCCAUGCUCAGGUUCACAUAAUGGCUAUCUGUGGUCAGACUUGCUUUCUAUCCGCCUGAGCCUCUGUGAGGGCUGACUGGGAAACAACAGCCUUCCUGUCCUCUGUUUCAGCGCUGUCCCACUCCUCAAGUCGGGAAGUGACACACCUGAACCUGUCCUUUCUCCAGCAACGACUUUCAUUUUCUUUUGAAUCAUUUGAUACUGUUUACACAGGUGAAGAUUAAACACCCAGUAAGCUUCUACCAUUGUUAGGAGCAUUCCUAACUCAGAAUUUCUUCUUGUAGCUCUGUGUAAGCAGGUGGAUAAGGUCAGAUCAUCUUUGGUAAACUGGACCUCAGGAACAAGGAUGAGGUUUUGAAAGCUCAUAAAAGACAAGUAAGAUUGAAAUCCAAGCCUCAUUUCAGAGCCUGUGCCCUUCCCACUAUACCAGGCUUCAGCCUCCAAAGAGACAAGUGCUUGGUACCUACAUGCAAAGUGUGGGAGGGCUGCCCAGAACAGGGGAGAGGAUGGUGUAAAAAAGACCUACUCCUUUCCUGUUACCCUCUCCCCACACGUACCAGCCUUCCUGUUGCUCCCUCCAUCCACAGAAUAAUAGCUACCAUUUAUAAAAUGUUUACUCUGGGCUGGGAGCAGUGGCUCACACCUGUAAUCCCAACACUUUGAGAGGCUGAGGUGGGAUGAUCACUUGAGGCCAGGAGUUGGAGACCAGCCUGAGCAACAUUGUGAGACACCCCCCCCCAU